CCGGAGCCGCCGCCGCCCAUUGCCGGCCGUGACGUGGGGCCCAGCUCGUCGUCCGCCCGGCCGCGCCGCCUCAGCCCGGACAGUCCUCCGUCCCUCCGUCCCUCCGUCCCUCCGUCCCUCCGUCCCGCCCCCGCCGCCGCCAUGGCUCAAGCUGAUAUCGCGUUGAUUGGACUGGCCGUCAUGGGCCAGAACCUGGUCUUGAACAUGGAUGACCAUGGUUUUGUGGUGUGUGCGUUUAAUAGGACCGUGUCCAAGGUGGAUGACUUCCUGGCCAAAGAGGCCAAGGGAACCAAGGUGGUGGGCGCCCACUCGUUGGAGGAGAUGGUCUCUAAACUGAAAAAGCCCCGUCGCAUCAUCCUGCUGGUGAAGGCCGGCCAGGCUGUCGACGAUUUCAUUGUGAAACUGGUGCCGUUGUUGGAAGCUGGUGACAUCAUUAUCGAUGGGGGGAAUUCCGAAUACAGGGACACUACGAGGCGCUGUAGGGACCUCAAGGCCAAGGGGAUCUUGUUUGUGGGAAGUGGCGUGAGUGGUGGAGAGGAAGGAGCCCGGUACGGCCCAUCUCUCAUGCCAGGAGGAAACAAAGAAGCAUGGCCACACAUCAAGACGAUCUUCCAAGGCAUUGCUGCCAAAGUGGGAACUGGAGAGCCUUGCUGCGACUGGGUAGGAGAUGAGGGGGCGGGUCACUUUGUGAAGAUGGUGCACAAUGGGAUAGAAUAUGGAGACAUGCAGCUGAUCUGUGAAGCCUACCACCUGAUGAAAGACGUGCUGGGCAUGGAUCACGAUGAGAUGGCCAAGGCAUUUGAGGAAUGGAAUAAGACAGAGUUGGACUCCUUCCUGAUAGAAAUCACAGCCAAUAUCCUCAAGUUCCAUGACACGGAUGGCAAACACCUCCUCCCGAAGAUCAGGGACAGCGCUGGGCAAAAAGGCACGGGGAAGUGGACCGCCAUCUCAGCACUGGAAUAUGGAGUUCCCGUCACCCUCAUCGGAGAAGCUGUCUUUGCCCGUUGUUUAUCUUCCCUGAAGGAUGAGAGGAUCCUGGCCAGCAAAAAGUUGACUGGCCCCCAAAAGUCCAAAUUUGAGGGUGAUAAGAAAGCAUUUCUGGAGGAUAUUCGCAAGGCCCUCUACGCCUCCAAGAUCAUUUCGUACACCCAGGGCUUCAUGCUGCUCAGACAAGCGGCUACGGAGUUUGGCUGGACGCUCAACUAUGGUGGAAUUGCCCUCAUGUGGAGAGGUGGCUGCAUCAUUCGGAGUGUGUUCCUGGGGAAGAUCAAAGAUGCAUUUGACCGAAAUCCCAAACUUCAGAACUUGCUGCUAGAUGAGUUUUUUAAGGGCGCUGUGGAAAACUGCCAGGCUGCCUGGCGCCGGGUGAUCAGCACCGGGGUACAAACGGGCAUUCCCAUGCCCUGCUUCACCACCGCCCUUUCCUUCUAUGAUGGGUACAGACACGAGAUGCUGCCCGCCAAUCUGAUUCAGGCCCAGAGGGACUACUUUGGGGCCCACACCUACGAACUGUUAACCAAACCGGGACAGUUUAUCCACACCAACUGGACGGGCCAUGGAGGGAACGUGUCGUCCUCCUCCUACAAUGCCUAGCCAGACCGUCUCUGCCCAGUUACCACGCCCCCAUAGCACUGAGACAUUCCAGUAGCUGCACUCUCCUCCUGAUGCUGCACUCUGUCCUGCUUCCUCAUGCCACAUCUGGUGUGCGUGUGUGUGUUUGUGUUUGUAUGUGCCAACAUGCGUGUAGUUGACCAGCAAUCCUUUUCUGGAAAAGCCAAGUAAACUCUGGGUAAAGUGGUUCUGGGCAGAAAGGCUGGGGUCCUUUCUGCUGUUGCCUCUCAAGGUGGAUAAGGAACGGAUGGUGGGGGUGGUGACACCCUGAAAGGUGGGGUGCCUUAAUUGUUAUUCCUUCCCUCACCGAAGCAGAUCCCCCACUGUCAGUGGCUGAUCAGUGAGGCAGGGUGAGUUUGGCCAGAAGAUGACUGAGCCUGUUUCAUGACUGGGGAGGAGACUGGUGGAAUCCAACCAAACGGGGACCCUGUGUAUGUCUUCUGCAGUUCAUCUCAGUGUUUUCUCAUAAUAAACUCAAUUAUAUUUAUA